CAUGAGUUUGAGAAUUUUUUCUGCUGUUCUCCAGCUGGCAGCUGCUGUAGCCCUGCCCGGGGUCAGCCAGCUGGUCAGUGACUGCCCAGGGCCCUCCAGGGCAGGGGAGCCAAGUGCUCGAGAGAGAUGGGCACCCCCUGGAGGCGCUGCUGCUAAUGUCAUCUGAAGAAGGAAGGGGCCCUCACGGGGUGAAAUAGGAGCUGCUUCUUGAGACACUGUCCAAUGAGUCCCCAGAGCCACUGCUAGAGGGCUCACCAGGCCUCCCUGCCCAGAGGGACAAUCUUUCUAGGGUGAGGGUAAAGCAGAGGUGAAACUUUAAAAAGCUGGCCCACAAGCUGAAGGGAGGAGGGCUGAAUCUCCGCACGGUUCCCCUCCCCUCCCGUCCUUGAGUCCGAGGUUGUGUUAACAUGAAGUCGUUGGCCAAGAGGAAACUGGGCGGCCUCUCCUCCGUGUUCUCCAGCCGCUCGGCCCGGAAGUCGGCCUCCCGCGCCGAGAAGGACGGCGGCGCCAUGGCGGCCGGCGAGGGCUACCGGAACCCCACGGAGGUGCAGAUGAGCCAGCUGGUGCUGCCCUGCCACACCAACCAGCGCGGCGAGCUGAGCGUCGGCCAGCUGCUCAAGUGGAUCGACACUGCCGCCUGCCUGUCCGCGGAGAGGCACGCUGGCUGCCCCUGCGUCACGGCCUCCAUGGACGACAUCUAUUUUGAGCACACCAUUAGUGUUGGCCAGGUGGUGAAUAUCAAGGCCAAGGUGAACCGGGCCUUCAACUCCAGCAUGGAGGUGGGCAUCCAGGUGGCUUCCGAGGACCUGUGCUCUGAGAAGCAGUGGAGCGUGUGCAAGGCCUUGGCCACCUUUGUGGCUCACCGGGAGCUCUCCAGGAUGAAGCUGAAGCCGAUCGCGCCCCGGACGGAGGAGGAGAAGACCGAGCACAGCGUGGCGGCCGAGCGCCGGCGCCUGCGGCUGGUCUAUGCAGACACCAUCAAGGACCUCCUGGCCAACUGUGUCAUUCAGGACGAUCUGGAGAGCAGAGACUGCAGCCACACGGUGCCGGCCGAGAAGACCCGGGUAGAGAGCGUGGAGCUGGUCCUGCCCCCGCACGCCAACCACCAGGGCAACACCUUUGGGGGCCAGAUCAUGGCCUGGAUGGAGAACGUGGCCACCAUCGCAGCCAGCCGGCUGUGCCGUGCCCACCCUACACUGAAGGCCAUCGAGAUGUUCCACUUCCGGGGCCCAUCCCAGGUUGGGGACCGCCUGGUGCUCAAGGCCAUCGUGAACAACACCUUCAAGCAUAGCAUGGAGGUGGGCGUGUGCGUGGAGGCCUACCGCCAAGAGGCUGAGACCCACCGGCGACACAUCAACAGCGCCUUCAUGACCUUUGUCGUCCUGGACGCAGACGACCAGCCUCAGACGCUGCCCUGGAUUCGGCCGCAGCCGGGGGAUGGCGAGCGGCGGUACCGAGAGGCCAGUGCCAGGAAGAAGAUCCGCCUGGACAGGAAGUACAUCGUGUCCUGUAAGCAGGCCGAGAUGCCCCUGUCUGUCCCCUGGGACCCGAGCAACCAGGUGUACCUGAGCUACAACAACGUCUCCUCCCUGAAGAUGCUGGUGGCCAAGGACGACUGGGUGCUGUCCUCGGAGACCAACCAGAUCCGCCUGUACACUCUGGAGGAAGACAAGUUCCUCGCCUUCCACUUGGAGAUGUUGGUGCACGUGGACGCAACCCAGGCCUUCCUGCUGCUGUCGGACCUGUGUCGGAGGCCUGAGUGGGACAAGCACUGCCGGAGCGUGGAGCUGGUGCAGCAGGUGGACGAGGACGAUGCCAUCUACCACAUCAUUAGCCCCGCCCUCGGUGGUGACACCAAGCCCCAGGACUUUGUGGUCCUGGCCUCUCGGCGGAAGCCUUGUGACAAUGGGGACCCCUAUGUCAUCGCUCUGAGGUCAGUCACGCUGCCCACGCACCGUGAGACCCCGGAGUACAGGCGUGGGGAGACCAUCUGCUCGGGCUUCUGCUUCUGGAGAGAGGGGGACCAGUUGACCAAGGUGUCCUACUACAACCAGGCCACCCCGGGCUUUCUCAACUACGUGACCACCAACGUGGCCGGCCUCUCCUCGGAGUUCUACACCACCUUCAAGGCUUGUGAGCAGUUCCUCUUAGACAACCGGAACGAUCUGGCCCCCAGCCUCCAGACCCUCUAGGCACCCUCAGUGGC